AGGUGUCCACGACGCGGUAAGCCACGUGCUUUCUACAAAGCGGAGUUGGUGCAUAUGUAGAAUAUCAUUCAAUUCGUUAAGAUUAAAACUGCAAGUUAUUUUUACUUUAACGGUAUAAUGAUCACGAUACAGAAUUUAUCGAACGAAAUUAUAUUAAGUAUUCUCGAAAACGAAACCAUUAGUUUGAGCGAUGUUGAGAAUUUUAGUUCCACGUGCAAGGGAUUUGCAUGGAUAUCCCAUUAUGAAACUCUCUGGAAGAAAAAAUAUGCUCAGAGAUAUCCCACUGUACAGCUGUUUUGUAAAGACAAAAUGGGCAUUGAAUUUAAUGACUUAAAUAUUGAAGAUUUUAGAGAGGGUAUGAAAUGUGCGGAAAACUUGUGGCUUUAUGUGCCUCGAAUGUCUCAGAUGUAUUAUUACCAUAAUCUACAAUACGACUAUAUUGAUAUACAAUCUCUUGAUCUGCAUGCAGAAAAGCACCCUUUAAAUAUGUUGAUUUUACAUGAUGAACUUAUUAGAAAUAUAUAUCAACAAGAUCCACGCCAAUGCAAUUUAACAGAAAGAUACUACAGCAAAAUGAUAUUUUACUGUCUGUAUCACAACAUUUUUAAUUCUUUACUUUGGAAAACAAUUAUAAAAAAACCCAUUCAUAUGCAGCGUUUGGAAGAUUUAAUUGUAGUAUUAUUACAAUAUUGUCAUCCCAAUAAGGGUAUUACUAUGUUGUAUAUAGAUAAAUUCAUAGACAAUAUCGUGCAAGACGUAUUAAACUUGUUGAAGGAUAAAUAUCGUCGGCAUCCAAUAUUGUCCAUAUCAUCUGAACAAUUAUCGAUUUGGAGAACUAAUCGUAUUAAUAAGAAUUUUUGGUGCGUAAAAGACGCAACGUCGAUUAAGGAUGUACUCGACAUAAUUAUUAUAAGUUUUGAUUCUUAUAAACCAUGGAUGAAACCGAAUCAAAUAAGUAUGAAUCCUAUUUUCAAAAUGUCGACUAAAGGAGACACAUUAUAUUAUAAACAAACGUUGUGGUUGGCAAUAUAUAUCUGCGUUGCAAACAGAUUGGGUUUACAUGUUGUAACAACAGAACACGAUAUAGACGAUAAUUGUACUGAAAAAACACAUUUGGAUUGGCAAUCCGGUUUAAAAAAAUUUGCGGGUGCCGACUUGUGUAAUAUUGCAACAAUCUAACCAGUUAAGAAGAACCAUAAACAA